AUGGCCUCUUCGUCUCCCUCGGCCUACCCUCAUUCCACCUUCUCCAAUCACGACGAUAAAAGUCAAUUGGACCGGUUCCCACUCGAUAAGGAUUUUGAGACGAGCACUGCCCUCAAUGAUUCGGCCUACGAUGCUGAUGUAGAAGCAUCACAAUUCUACGCCAAGCGACCACGAUCGGGGAGGAUGCGGGGAAUCGUUGCUCUUAUCGCCGCCUACUUAUCGCCGCGGGAGAAACAAAAGAAGCAUCACCGCCAGCCCGCCGACGCUCGCCCACUGCUCGCCUCCGCCAACAACGCCACUCCCACUACCGCGUGGCAUUCCUCCUCGCGACAAUAUCAAAGAAUCAAAUCAUUGUCGCGGUGCUUGUGUUACCCUCUACUGGGACUCCUCGUCAUGCUGGGCGUCGUCCAGUUCAUCUCCAUCGCCUGCAGCAUCGCCGUCUCCUUCUUUCCCGACGAAUUCGACCGUGCCAUCGAGCGGUGGCGUCAUAGCGACCAGCGAUCCCCAUCCGCGGACAUCCUGCAUUGGCCAACAGACAUCUCCAGAGAUAUCGUCCCCGUGGGAUGCCACUCUCACAAUGACUACUGGCGCCCCGUGCCGUUGUUCUCUGCCCUGCAGGCUGGUUGUACCGGCGUGGAGGCCGAUGUGUGGCUCGUCGAAGAUGACCUCUACGUCGGCCAUACCAUGUCUGCGCUGACGCCCCAGCGAACUCUGCGCAACCUGUACAUUAAUCCGCUGCUGCGCAUUCUCGAGCUGCAAAACCCCAUCACCGACCUCCACCCUCAGCGCGACAGUCCGCCGCAAGGGGUCUUCGACAUGGAUCCCUCGCAAACCCUAAUCCUGUUGAUCGACUUUAAAACGGACGGUCAAGAAACUUGGAACUACGUGCAUGCACAGCUCGCCCCGCUCCGCGAGCGCGGCUAUCUUUCCUUCUUCAACGGCACCGACAUCAUUCCGGGCCCCAUAACCGUUGUCGGCACCGGCAAUACCCCCUUCAACCUAGUCACGGCCAACACCACCUACCGCGAUAUCUUCUUCGAUGCACCACUCGAUAAACUUGUCGACGACAACAUCACCGCCGAGGACUACAACAAUGAUGAUGACGUCUCCCUCUCAAAUCUCCCCGAAGCCACAAAAGACACAGGGAUAGCCACCCGCGCCACCAAGAAUGUCGGUCAAGGCCUGUCCGGCAUUUCCGACGCAGAUAUCGGCCCCGACACCUUUGAUUGGACCAAUAGCUACUACGCUUCCGUCUCCUUCAAGAAAUCCAUCGGCAUGCCCUGGUCCUUCCGGCUCUCCCAGCGCCAAGUCGAUCAGAUCCGCGCCCAGAUCCGCGCCGCUCAUCGUCACGGCCUUAAAGUCCGCUACUGGGGCGUACCCGCCUGGCCACGGAGUCUGCGCAACCAUCUUUGGAGCUUACUCGUCCGCGAAGGUAUCGACUAUCUGAACGUGGAUGAUCUGCGCAGCGCCACUCGUCAGGAUUGGCGACCUAGAAUCUCGGAUUGGUGGAGUUGA